AUGCCUCAGCCAUCAGUUCGCUACAUCGAGGGCCUCUCCUCUAGAAACACGGAGAAGUUAGCCAACCUGCUCAGUCUUGGUUGGCGAACCAAAAUAACCUUGCAAUGGCUCAGCGAGCAAGAACAUGCCAUCAACCAACUUCCUUCUUCGCUCCAGAAACCUAAGAAUAUCCUUUCAAAAAUGGCAAUGAAGCUGCCAAGGUCACCACAGAAGGCUGUUCUCUGCCCUGCACACAAAAGCCUCAAUCCCCUCUUGAUCCACCGCUUCUUCCUUCAGCUCUCAGCCGAGUGUUCCGUCCGACUCGCGCGUCUCGACGAGAAUCCUCGUCUUCCACCGAACUUGGCUGCGUUCUUGAAACGAAUCCAUGGGAUCAACAGUCUCUGGUUCGCACCCUCCAUCUACCGUUCGCUCUUCAAAGUCGAUGAGAAGGAAGAGUAUCAUGAGAUGAUCGAAGGAGGCUGCGAAGCUUGUAUCCUCUCAGUUGUUGGGACGAACCAUCAGACGCUGUGUGAUCUCAGAGCCUCCAUGCUUGGAAGAAGGAGGAAGCGUCUUCCGGUUCCGAGAUUGCUCAAGAUUGUUGAUGCGUGGAUUGAAGGAACGGGCCAUGGAAUCGCUAUUCGAAAAGAUAGUGAUGCAUUGGAGAAAGAGAUCAGAGAGUGCAGACGAGAGAUGCAGAAAGCGAGACAAAGACUGUCGAUGAACGAGUCUCAUGAAGACGAGGAGGCAACACCGGAGGAUACCUUUGAGAUGGAUGGAAAGGAGAAGGAUGAGAAUGCCGAGCAAUACUUCGAGGGCUCGAUUCUGGACUACUAUACUGGUGGUCUCAAGUCGAGCACGAAUCUGGCUUCCCAGACACGCGCGUCCACUCCAUUGCCAGGGGAUAUCCACCCUGCAUUCAGAGAAUCUAUGAUG